AUGGAAGAAUUUAUGUGGAAAGGUCAAUGCGCAGACAAGUACCAUGCUGUUUUGUUUGAUCAUCACACACUUGACAUACAGUGCACUUGCCUUUUGUUUGAGUUUAGAGGAAUACUUUGUAGGCACUGCUUAGUCGUGUAUGUGCAAGAGGGCGUUAAAAGUGUGCCCGAUAAAUAUGUUUUAAAGAGAUGGAGCAAGCUACAACGUAGAAGGCACACAUACAUAAGGGUUGGAAGCAAUUCUGAUAAGGAAGAAGCGAAUGUCAGAAGGUAUGAUGCACUUUGUAAGCGUUUCUAUGAGAUUGCAGAGGUUGCAUGCGAGUCAGACAACGAAACACAUUGUUUGUUUAAGAAAUUGGACUCCAUUGCAAAUGAUCAUGGAUUGUCAUCUUCUGAUAAUCCGAAUAAGGGGGUUCAAUUGGACACUGCAAAUGAUUGUCCUAUACAAACUGUGUCAUCCAACGAAUGUGUCCACAAUCCUAUUUCUAUUAAAAGAAAAGGAAGACCCCGUUCGACGAGAUUGAAAUCCAUUGUGGAGAAACUUGGUAAAAGAAGAAAGGCUACGGGUGCAAAAAUUAAAGGAUGA